CCAAACCCUAUUAGCAUUGUCACUCUACGCAUUAGCACGGGGGUUUGCUGCGAUUCUCUUCGCGCCUAUUAUCGGCCGAUAUAUUGAUACUGGUAACCGUUUACAGGUUGUGCGAGUAUCCAUUGUCUGUCAGCGUAUCGUUGUUGCUACAUCUUGUGUUUUUUUCUACGUCCUACUUAUCCGUCUACCAAAUGUUGGCCCGGAAGGAGAAAAGGGUCUUCUGGCAUUACUCGUUUUUCUUGCUUGUUUAGAAAAAAUAUCCUCCAUCAUGAAUCUUGUGUCGGUGGAAAAGGACUGGACUGUCGUCGUUUCCGGGAAGCAUGAGUCAGCUCUCCUUACUCUCAAUGCGCAAUUGCGUCGCAUCGAUCUGAUGUGCAAGCUCGUUGGUCCGCUAUUUAUAGCUUUGAUUGACGGAUACUCGACGAAGCUAGCACUCAUCGUCAAUUUUGGCUUGAACAUCGCAUCUGUGCCUGUUGAGUACUAUUCUAUUGCGAGAGUCUAUUACGAUGUGUCUGAGCUACAAGUGCCAAAAACAACCCAGCCGACGGAUAUACCAUGUGAUUCCGAUCACGAUUCCGAACGGGUUAGAAUGUUUGCGCGCCAACGGCGGAAUUCCCAGGCCGUCGUGACCAGAUUUAUCUCAGAUUUCGCCUUUUAUAUACAUCACCCCGUUUUUCUCGCUUCGUUUGCUGAAAGUCUUCGUUACCUUACAGUUCUGAGUUUUGCGGGCCAAAUGGUGACGUUCCUUGUGAUCUCCGGCUAUAGUUCCACUCAAGUGGGCAUUGCAAGAACGGUCAGUGUGGCAUUCAAAGUGCUGGCAACAUGGGUUGCUCCAUUGCUCAUAAUAAGGAUUGGCCCCUUACGAGCAGGUUUAUGAUUCAGCAGCUGGCAGUUUCUUAUUUUAGCUUCCGGAAUUACGUUAUUCUUCUUAUUUAAAGACCAGCCCCUUGCUUCUGCCAGUGCUCUCGUCGUCAGCAGCAUCCUGAGCCGACCGGGGUUGAGAGGGUUUGACUUCUACAGCCAAUUAAUUGUGCAAGAGGAGGUUCAGUCAGAGAGCCGGGGAAGGUUCUCCUCGGUUGAAGCAGCAUGGCAGAAUGCUUUUGAACUAAUUGCUUAUGCCACGACCAUCGUCUUCUCUCGUCCGGAUCAGUUUGGGUGGCCAUCCCUGAUCUCCACCAUUGCUGUAGCUUCCGCAACAGCGGCUUACACGGUGUUCGUGUAUCUCCGAAGAGGACACCUACUCCACGUUGAUCGCCUGCUGGGAAAAUGUUGGAGCACGAGCCGAAGAUCAGCAAUUUU